AUGGCUCUCAGUCGGAUUGAAGGCCAGGAUAACCUCUACGUAGGCGGAAUCUGGGCUCUUCGCCGCUCAGAUACCCUCACGGAAAAAGGUAUAACACACGUUCUAUCAGUGGUAGGGUUCAGCCCAGACAGCCUGAAAAACUUCAAAGACGAGCCGUGGUCCGAGUAUGGCAAGCAAUUCCAUCAUUUACUCAUUGAUAUAGACGACGUGGAUGAGUCAAAUCUGCUUGCGGAACUGCCAAAGGCGGUCAAAUUCAUUGACGAGGGUUUGAGGGGGCCGAGAAACAGGAAUACGAGUUCAGCUUCAGAUCAUGCCGAGAGUCAAGGUGGCACGGUCCGAGAUGGGAGCGGGGAGAGUGGCAUCGUGGACGAAGGACUAGAGAGACUGAAAAUAUCCAGUCCCAAUUCCACGGCUGAAAGCACGGGUGCGGUGUCACAAGCAGGUGGUGUGUUUGUCCAUUGCGCCGCGGGAAAGUCUCGCUCCGUGUCGAUUGUGGUCGCAUACUUGCUCUGGCGGUACCCGAACCGGUUCGAUGCCAACGUCGUACCGGCCUCGGCGUAUGGCAACGUCAGCAGCAAGAAGAACUCUGGCGCUUCAGCAGCCCAUUCUUCGAAACAGAGCGCAGGCAGGAGCAGGUCACGCAAGGAGACAGCAGAGGAAGCAGUCGAAUUGGCACUGGGGUUAAUCCGACGAACGCGACCGAUGGCAGAGCCCAACAACGGCUUCAUGCAGCAGCUGGCGCUUUGGUGGGAGAUGGGCUGCCCGGACGAUGUGGAGACGCAUCCUCUCUAUCAGCGGUGGGCGUAUAGGCGUGAGGUCGAGGAACAUGUCGCUGUCGGCCAGGCUCCCAGCCGACUGCGAUUCGAAGACGAAGAGCCCUCGGCCACGGCCGCUCGAGCUGCUGCUGCCGCCGGAGGGGGAGGAGGAGGAGACACCCAGCUGACGCUACGAUGCAAAAAGUGCAGAAGGACACUUGCCACGGCGCCGUUCAUCAACAAGCACGUCGCCUCUGGGUCGUCAAAGACCUUUGAUCCGCGGCAGCCAUGCCCGCACUACUUUGUCGAGCCACUGAGCUGGAUGCGACGAGAGCUGGAAAAGGGUGAGCUCAACGGCCGACUGAGCUGCCCGAACGAACGGUGCGGUGCUGCCGUCGGACGCUACGACUGGAAGGGUCUCCGGUGUGCCUGUGGCGGAUGGGUCACCCCAGGGCUGUCUCUGCAGAGAGCUAGGGUUGACGAGGAGAUGAGAAGGAAUCAUGGGGCCGUGGGCCAAGGACAAGGCCCAGGGCUGAGCGAGUUUGCGAAAAAUAUGGGCAUUCGGAUGCCUCCCGGCUCAGGGAGGGGUGGCGGCAACUUGUAA